AUGAGCACCAUGCGGCUUCUGCUGCUCGCCCUCCUCUUCUCCUCGUCCUUCGCCCGCGCCGGCUGCGACCCUAAGAUCGUCAAUAUCGGCGCGGUGCUGAGCACCAAGAAGCACGAGCAGAUCUUCCGCGAGGCGGUGAACCAGGCCAACAAGCGGCACGGUACCUGGAAGCUCCAGCUCAACGCCACCUCCGUCACACACAAGCCCAACGCCAUCCAGAUGGCCCUGUCCGUCUGUGAAGACCUCAUCUCCAGCCAGGUCUAUGCAAUAUUAGUUAGUCACCCUCCUGCUCCCAACGACCACCUAACACCAACACCUGUAUCAUACACAGCUGGCUUCUACAGGAUCCCUGUCAUUGGUCUGACAACACGCAUGUCUAUAUAUUCUGAUAAGAGCAUCCACCUGUCCUUUUUGCGCACAGUCCCACCCUACUCUCACCAGGCCAACGUCUGGUUUGAGAUGAUGAGAGUCUUCAACUGGAACCACGUCAUUCUGAUAGUCAGCGACGACCACGAGGGUCGUGCUGCUCAAAAGAAGCUGGAGACCCUCCUGGAGGAGAAAGAGUCCAAGAGUAAAAAAAGGAACUAUGAAAACCUCGACCAACUUUCCUAUGACAACAAGCGAGGACCCAAGGCUGAGAAAGUGCUUCAGUUUGACCCUGGAACCAAAAAUGUGACAUCGCUGCUGCUGGAGGCGAAGGAGCUGGAGGCCAGAGUCAUCAUCCUCUCUGCCAGCGAGGAUGACGCGGCCACGGUGUACAGAUCGGCAGCCGUGCUCAACAUGACGGGCUCGGGCUACGUGUGGCUGGUGGGGGAGCGGGAGAUCUCGGGCAAUGCCCUGCGCUACGCCCCGGACGGAGUGAUCGGUCUGCAGCUCAUCAACGGCAAGAACGAGUCCGCCCACAUCAGCGACGCUGUCGCCGUGGUGGCCCAGGCCGUGCACGACUUGUUUGAGAAGGAGAACAUCACAGACCCGCCGCGGGGCUGCGUGGGCAACACCAACAUCUGGAAGACAGGACCCCUUUUUAAGAGGGUGUUGAUGUCCUCCAAGUACUCAGAGGGUGUCACUGGCCGGGUGGAGUUCAAUGAGGACGGGGACAGGAAGUUUGCCAACUACAGCAUCAUGAACCUGCAGAAUCGGAAACUGGUCCAGGUUGGGAUUUACAAUGGCAGCAAUGUCCUGACCAACGACAGGAAGAUCAUCUGGCCUGGGGGGGAAACCGAGAAACCUCAAGGUUAUCAGAUGUCAACCAAGUUGAAGAUUGUGACCAUCCACCAAGAGCCCUUUGUGUAUGUGAAGCCCACUCAGGCAGAUGGGACAUGCAGGGAGGAAUUCACCAUCAAUGGAGAUCCUGUCAAAAAGGUCUUCUGCACUGGACCCAAUGAGACCAUCCCAGGCCGUCCCACCGUGGCACUGUGCUGCUACGGCUUCUGCAUCGACCUGCUCAUCCGCCUGGCAGGGGUGAUGAACUUCACCUAUGAGGUUCACCUGGUGGCUGAUGGUAAAUUUGGUACCCAAGAGCGGGUGAACAACAGCAACAAGAAGGAGUGGAACGGGAUGAUGGGGGAGCUGCUGAGCGGCCAGGCAGACAUGAUUGUGGCUCCCCUCACCAUCAACAAUGAGCGGGCUCAGUACAUUGAGUUCUCCAAGCCCUUCAAGUACCAGGGCCUCACCAUCCUCGUGAAGAAGGAAAUCCCCCGCAGCACCCUGGACUCGUUCAUGCAGCCCUUCCAGAGCACGCUCUGGCUGCUGGUGGGGCUGUCUGUGCAUGUGGUGGCAGUGAUGCUGUACCUCCUAGACCGAUUCAGCCCGUUUGGCCGGUUCAAAGUAAACAGUGAGGAGGAGGAGGAAGAUGCCUUGACUCUCUCCUCAGCCAUGUGGUUCUCCUGGGGAGUUCUGCUGAACUCUGGCAUUGGGGAAGGUGCUCCCCGGAGUUUUUCUGCCCGUAUCCUUGGCAUGGUGUGGGCUGGCUUUGCUAUGAUCAUUGUGGCUUCAUACACUGCCAACCUGGCAGCCUUCCUGGUGUUAGACCGACCUGAGGAGAGGAUCACAGGCAUUAACGACCCCCGGCUGCGCAACCCCUCGGACAAGUUCAUCUACGCCACGGUGAAGCAGAGCUCCGUGGACAUAUACUUCCGACGGCAGGUGGAGCUGAGCACCAUGUACAGGCACAUGGAGAAGCACAACUACGAGAGCGCUGCCGAAGCCAUCCAGGCAGUGAGGGACAACAAGCUCCACGCCUUCAUCUGGGACUCGGCGGUCCUGGAGUUUGAGGCCUCCCAGAAGUGUGACCUGGUGACCACGGGGGAGCUCUUCUUCCGCUCUGGCUUCGGGAUCGGGAUGCGCAAGGACAGCCCCUGGAAGCAGAACGUCUCCCUGGCCAUCCUCAAGUCCCACGAGAAUGGCUUCAUGGAGGAUUUGGACAAGACUUGGGUGAGGUAUCAAGAGUGUGAUUCCCGUAGCAAUGCCCCAGCAACACUCACCUUUGAAAAUAUGGCAGGUGUGUUUAUGCUGGUGGCUGGAGGUAUUGUUGCCGGGAUAUUUUUAAUAUUCAUAGAGAUAGCUUACAAAAGGCAUAAGGACGCGCGGAGGAAGCAGAUGCAGCUGGCGUUUGCGGCCGUUAAUGUGUGGAGGAAAAACCUGCAGGAUAGAAAAAGUGGUAGAGCAGAACCUGACCCUAAAAAGAAAGCCACUUUUAGGUCCAUCACCUCCACCCUGGCCUCCAGCUUCAAGAGACGUAGGUCCUCCAAGGAUACGCAGUAUCACCCCACCGACAUCACUGGCCAGCUCAACCUCUCGGACCCCUCAGUCAGCACUGUGGUGUGACCUUCUCCCCGCGGGCCAUCAGUCCUUGCCCAACACAAUAGGAAGGCACAGCCAGGACUGCCUUUCAAGGGACACUGAUGGGUUCUUCCGGGUGAGAUGGGAGGAAAUCAUCCUUCAUCCAUACACAGUGACUCCAUUGUAUAUCUCCCUCCCUUCCUAGGCCUGCUGCCAUGCUCGUGCCCCAGGAAGCACGGCAGGACCAGGGCAAGGUUUGGACUUCACUGUACAGAGAUAAUUGCUUCCAAACAGUGCCAUGAUGAUCAGAAUUGCCACUGACUGGCUCCGUGCAAGGGGAAAGGACUGCAGAUGGCACAUGGUACCUGUUCUCCCAUGGUAGCAGGGAAGAGCUGGUGCCAGACUACAAACCCAUUUAACCUCACAGACUGCAGCCUUCUGAGCACACACAGCCCCUCAGACGUGUGCUCCACGUCUCCCACCACUGGAGAGCUCCAGUGGCUUGCCCACGGUCCUGAGCAGCUGGAGCAGCCUGCUCCUGGUGCGGCAGGUUGGGCACAUGCUCCUGCUGUGCCGAGUGACCCUCACGUCUGCCGCAGGGGCUUGAAGAUGUGUGCUCUGCCCCUCGCAGGGGAUGGAGCCUCUCCCUCCCUGUGGCCUGUGGCUGUGACUCAGUUCCUGUCCGCGGUCUGGCUGCAGCAGCAGAGCUCCCCCCCUGCAGCCCUCGCCCAUGUGCUAAUCGUGGCACUCCGGAGCUGGCGGAGUGCCGUCAGCCAAGAUCCCAGCUCCCACCUCUCCUGCACAGAAGACAUCCCCAGGACCUGGCCAAGGCCAGCAUGUAGCACUCACACAGCAGCUCUCCUGGCCAGGAAUUCUCCACGGGAAAUGGCUCUGGAUGGUUGCACUGACCUCUACCCCAGCUCCACACUGCCUCAGCACCAGCAAUGCAAGGAGAGAUGCUGCUGGCUGGUCACGGCUCGCUGCGGUGCUUCAGCAGCCACCCAGCCUGUCUGCACCGUUGGGGCACCACGGCCAGCACUGGCAGCUCCCCUGCCACCCUCACCUGCAGUUCAAGCUUGCCAGCAGCUCCCGCGGCAGCCUUGAAGCCCCAGCUCAUGGCACUCCAUCUGCCUGAACCUGGAGACGUGGAAAGCAGAUCCCAGUGCGGGAGAAGGGAACCGAAGGAGGCAGGCU